CCUCCCACCAAAAAACUCGCCGGGUUCUUCUACUUCGUCGUCGUCAGUCACAGUAGUCAUGACCUCCGACUGAAACGGCGUGUCGUUUUUUUAGAUGGGGGAGGCCAGCGAGAGAAGGAGGCGAGCAGUGGAGAAUCUGUCGUCGUUUGAUAAGUGCCCGAGAGAUCUGCUGCAGAGACUAAUGUGCAGCAACGACACGUCGCAGUUGAAGUACGAGGAGGUGACAAACGAGGAGGAGGAGCUGGAGCUUAAUCUAGGCCUGUCUUUGGGCGGCAGAUUCGGGGUUGACAAGACCAAGCUAGUCCGAUCUUCCUCGAUUGCGGUGACCAUGCCGUUUUUUCGGGAAGAGAGCAACGACGACUCUUCCGCUCCGGCUCCGUUGGCGUCGUACGCGGGGCUGAUGAGGACGUCGUCGCUGCCGACGGAGACGGAGGAGGAGUGGAGGAAGAGGAAGGAGCUCCAGACUCUGCGGCGGUUGGCGGCGAAGCGGAGGAGGUCGGAGAAGCAGAGGAAUAGCACGAGCUCGAACAGUAAGGAAGAAGAGGAGGUGGGCCCCAAUUCCGGGGUGAGGACUAACCCGUUUUGGGCGGCGAUUACGGCGGCGAGACAAGCGGCGAAGGGUAAAAAUGACAUUUUGGGUGGGUUUCAGGGGUUUGGGCUGCAGCCUAGUUCUCAGGGCUCGGUGGAGUCACAAGGUGGAAGCUCGUCCGGGUUGUCGGAAAUGGAGAGUAAACCUCUUCAAGGAUCCAGCAGCUGUGGUGAAGCAAGAAGCCCUGCUAGUAACCAGGAUCAACAAAGCAAUCAGGGCACCACCCUUCGUUCUUUGGGGUCAUUGACGCCUGAGCAUGCCAACAGAAUUUCCAGGGCAGUCAUGGAAAGCAUGCGCAAGAAGCCCCCUAUUCCUUCUGAAGAUAAAGGAAGGGAAAGUAGGAUGAACCACAUGGAGGACAUGCCUUGUGUUUUCACAAAAGGAGACGGUCCUAAUGGUAGAAAAAUAGAAGGAAUCCUAUACCGAUAUGCGAAGGGAGAGGAAGUAAGAAUAAUGUGUGUAUGCCAUGGCACCUUUCUUUCUCCGGCAGAGUUUGUGAAGCACGCAGGAGGAGGUGAUGUCACUAACCCACUUCGGCACAUAGUUGUAAACCCGGCUGCAACUUCCUUUUUGUGAUGGAGGUCUCCUUUAUAUAUAUAUACCCCUCAAUAUAUAGGGGUUGCUGAAUAGAAACAAGGAACAUGGGAAACAAUUUAAAUUGAUAGCUUUUAUUUAUUCAUGAUGAGCUCCAGAAAUGG